AUGUUCAACAGAGGGUUGGCACAAAAGGCGUCCAUGAGAUUAAGGUGUUGUGUGAAUCACCCUUGGUUUAAGGGUGCUGAAUGGGACAAAUUAUAUCAAAGGAAAGCUGCAUUUAUUCCUGAAGUCAAUGAUGAGUUGGAUACACAAAAUUUCGAGAAGUUCGAAGAGGUUGACAACCAAAUUCCAUCUGCAGCAAAAUCAGGUCCAUGGAGAAAAAUGCUUUCAUCCAAAGAUGUAAACUUUGUUGGUUACACAUACAAGAACGUCGAAAUUGUAAACGAUAAUCAGUUACCUGGCAUCCUUGAAUUGAAGAAGUGCUCUAAGCCGAAGAGACCCUCCAUCAAAUCCCUUUUUGAGGAUGAGUCGGUCGCGGCUGCCUGUCAACCUGUUCAAGGGAGCUUCUUAAACCUCUUGCCACCGAAAAUAGAAGCCCCCGAGAAUGGUUUGAGGAAAUGAAUUCCUCGAUAUCGCCGGAAUGCAGAGAUGGGAAGAAAAUGAAAUGGCGUUUGUUUUGCAGUCUUAACGUUUCGGAUUUUCAAUGGAAAGUGGUUUGAGAUUUGAUCAGAUUGGCUGUUUGAAUCAGGUAUAGGAGAUUUGUUCCAUGUACAAUGAUAUCUGGUAAAAAGUAAAUAUUCUUUCAUAUUUAUUUGUGUAAUUAUUUUAUAUAUUAAUAUGUUUUGUUUUGUCAUCUCA